UCCACAAACACGGACGUGAGAUCGGCCUGAGCAGCCACUCACCGCGCUGAAAUGUAAGGCGAUUUGAAUUCUACGCCCAAGGAGCUCAAACGAAGUCUCUGAAGCACAAAGUUGACAGCUGUCGGUGGCGUUCACUAUCGUCCCUCUUGUCAUCUAAAGUCCAUAGAAAACUCACCGUACACUCCGACACGGUCCUGCUCGUAAGAGCGGGUGAACAGAAAAGCGUAUCGGAACCUAAGUGCUUGGGCUGUGUUGUGGCUGUCGGAAUUAUUUGGUAGCAGCACACUGAGAUGUCUACCUGUCGUCGGCGCGCUGAUGUUUAGGCUGGAUGUGGGGAUUUUGUGAUUAAAUGUUGCGAUAUUCGUUGUAGGGAGUUGUUAGUUGUGUACUUGCAGGAGCUUAAAGAUAUAAGGAGGAAGUGUGACAUUUGAAAUGAUGGAGCCGGGACGGCGGAGAGGUGUGAGCAGCCUGGUGUCCUCUCUGUCCCUGCUCUGUGUGGUGCUGGACCUGCAGCUGGACGGUGUGUUGGGUGUCUCUCCUGUGGAGAUUGAGCAGCACCUGGAAAUGGGCCGCAAGCUGCUGGCAGCAGGACAGCUGGCUGAGGCCCUGUCCCAUUAUCACUCUGCUGUUGAGGGUGACUCAAAGAACUACCUGACUUACUACAAACGUGCAGCUGUGUUUCUGGCCAUGGGGAAAUCUAAAUCAGCUCUGCCUGAUCUGACUCGGGCUAUCCAGCUCAAACCAGACUUCCUAGCCGCUCGGAUACAGAGAGGAAAUAUUCUCCUGAAGCAGGGGAAUACUCAAGAAGCCAGAGAGGACUUUGAAGCAGUAUUGCUGCGCUCCCCAGACCAGGAGGAGGCACAAAAUCAGCUCCACAAAGCUGAGGAGCUAGAAGAGCUCCAGGAGGAGGCACACAAAGCCCAUCACCGUGGAGAUUAUACCACCACCAUCCAGGUGCUGGACCGUGUUAUAGAGCUUUCACCUUGGGAUCCAGAGUCCCGGGAGAUGAGAGCUGAAUGCUAUAUACGCCUUGGGGAACCAAGGAAGGCCAUAUUAGAUCUGACACCUGCAGCCAGACUCAGGACAGACAACCGAGCAGCCUUCCUGAAACUUAGUCGCCUGCUAUACGACCUGGGAGAACACCAUAACUCACUUAGUGAGAUUCGAGAGUGUCUGAAGCUGGAUCAGGAUGAUAAGGAAUGUUUUGCACACUACAAGCAGGUGAAAAAGCUUAGCAAGCAGAUGGACUCUGCAGAAGAUCUCAUCUCAGAACAGAGAUAUCAAGAAGCAAUAGACAAGUAUGAGUCUGUUAUGAGGACAGAGCCAAAUAUUCCAUUCUAUACCACCAAAGCCAAGGAAAGGAUCUGCUUCUGUCUAGUGAAGAUUAAGGAGGCAGAGCUGGCAUUGGACACGUGUUCAGAGGCCCACCAGAGAGACCCUCAGAAUAUCCACAUCCUCAGAGACAGAGCCGAGGCCUAUAUCCAACUUCAGGACUAUGAGAAAGCUGUGGAGGACUAUCAGGAGGCGCGGGAGUUUGACCAGGACAACCAGGAGAUCCGUGAGGGUCUAGAACGUGCACAGAAACUCCUGAAGCUUUCGCGCAAGAGGGACUACUACAAAAUCCUGGGAGUGAGUCGGAGUGCUAACAAACAGGAAAUCAUUAAAGCAUACAGGAAACUGGCACAGCAGUGGCAUCCAGACAACUUCCAGUCUGAAACGGAAAAGAAGGAGGCUGAGAAGAAGUUCAUUGACAUUGCUUCAGCUAAGGAGGUCCUAACAGAUCCAGAGAUGCGUCAGAAAUUUGACUCGGGCGAAGACCCCUUGGACCCUGAGAACCAGCAGGGAGAAGGAGGAAGAGGAGAGUGGCCCUUUGGUUUCAACCCCUUCCAGGGUGGAAACUUCCACUUCAAAUUCCACUACAACUAGUAUGGCUAAACCAUGGGAUACUGUUGAUACUACAGUAGUAACGGACAGUGGAAUGGACUCAUCAAAAAGCCCCAAAUGAGGGCUGGGAAGAGGAAUGCAUUUAUUCUUCAAACUGAUUUACAGUUGGCUCUUAUCAAAUGGUUGCUUGUGAGCCAGUUUUGACUUGAAUAUGCAGGCUGUUCUGCACUUCUUAAGGAAUCAGUCACUUUUAUGUGAUAGGAAAAUUGUUUGACGGGUGUUUUGCUUGACGCCGUGCAGUAAAUGGCUGUGAUGAAUGAAGUCUAAUUUAGUUUGGAGUAUUUUUGAGGCUGAAGAACUUUAUCGGCUGACCCUCACUCUGUGGCAUUUUUAGCACACCUUGUUUUUGCAUUCAUGCUACAUCUCGUUCUCUCUUGUUCUCUCUCUCGUUCUCUCUCUCUCUCUCUCUCUCUCUCUCUCUCUCUCUCUCUCGUUCUCGCUCUCUCUCGCUCUCUCUCUCACACAUCUGUAUGCUACUCUACUGCCCUCCAGGUUUUCUCUAACUGAGUACUUGAUAAAUUCUGUUUUCAGUAUAUAUGGAGUCAUGUAUUUGUGACAGAAAUGUCACAUACUGGCCUUUUUAACAUUCAGUUCAGACACUCCAGUCUUCACCGUGUUAAAUCAGUAUUGCACGUGUCCACUUAAUGAGUUUAUUUUGCAAGGCAGACAAUGACAUGCUCUUUUCUGUUCAAAUGAGGUUGAUCAUGCUUCUUUUUGAAACCUUUUUGGCCACCUUUUGUUUUCUGUUUCUUUUCUGUUGUCUGUUCCUGUUGCAAACAGCAGAACUGGCUGUUAGUGUUACUAGGUUUUCUCUGUCAGUUUCUUUCCAAAUUGGCUACAGAGCCUCAAAUCAUAGCAUUGCCAUAGUCCAAAACACUGUUGAACCUUCCGUGGAACUGUCCCAACAUUAUUUACAGAUUUGUACUUUAGAGAUAUCAACCAGUUAUUUCAUUUUAGCACUCCAAGCUGUUACAGACUAAAUGAGAUAUUAUAAUUAUAUUGCAGAGAAAAAGUGGGAAAUUUGUCAUUUUGUCUAAUGCAGUUGCCAUGAUUAGACGCUAGGUAGCUGACUGGUCUUCUCUUGGUGCCCUAUCAAUGCCUAUAUCAACGUGCCAAUGCAGCUUCCCCUUUGAAUUAAAUGGAUCAAUUAUCUGGGUUUUCCAAGUGGUAUUUAUGCCUGCAGUUAGUUAUUUUAUGCUUUCUUAGGAUGAAUUUGUUCAUUUGGAACUGCUUUUCAGGCGGAUUAUUUAAAAUAAGAGAACGUUUAGAAUGA